AUGGAUUUAAUAUUUGAAGCUGCUUUAGCUCAUGAUAGUUCUUCAUCAGAAUUAGAAGAUAUUCCACAAACAAGAGAACCAGUUUGGAUUUUAGGCAGAAAAUACGAUGCUGGACGUGAUGUAACAGCAAUUAGGUCAGACAUUAAAUCGAAAUUAUGGUUUACCUACAGAAAGGGAUUUGUACCUAUAGGAGAUUCUGGAUUAACUUCCGAUAAAGGAUGGGGUUGUAUGCUGAGAUGUGGGCAAAUGGUUUUAGCCCAAGCAUUAGUUUGUUUACAUUUAGGCAGAGACUGGAGAUGGAAGAAAGAUUCAAAAGAACCCGAAUAUUUACGAAUACUUAAAAUGUUUGAAGAUACAAAAACUGCUACUUAUUCAAUUCAUCAAAUAGCACUGAUGGGAGUAUCAGAAGGGAAAGAUGUUGGUCAAUGGUUUGGCCCAAACACUGUAACACAAGUUCUCAAAAAACUCUCAGUGUAUGAUAAAUGGAGUUCAAUUGUUAUUCAUGUUGCUUUGGAUAACACCAUAAUAGUUAAUGACAUUAAAUCGUUGUGUCAAAGAAAUGAACAAUCUGUUAUUGAUAGUUCAGCACAAAAACAUUCACCUUUGAAUGAACCUGUUUAUUUUAAUUCGGCAAGAAAGUGGAAACCUUUGCUACUUGUAGUACCUCUUAGGCUUGGCCUUUCUGAAAUUAAUCCUGUAUAUUUAAAUGGACUUAAAACUUGUUUUACCUUUAGGCAGUCCUUAGGUGUUAUAGGUGGAAAACCUAAUCAUGCUUUGUAUUUUAUUGGUUGUGUUGGAGAGCAUGUGAUUUAUCUUGAUCCUCAUACAACUCAACCUGUUUCAAUAGUUGAUGGUAAAGAAUUAUCAUAUGAAAAAACGGCUGAUUUGUCUUACCACUGUCCGAGAGCUAGUAGAAGUCGAAUACUCGAUAUGGAUCCUUCGGUUGCAGUUUGUUUUUUCUGUAGUUCUGAAGUUGAAUUUGAUAUACUGUGUCAACAAAUUCAAGAAAAAUUAAUCAAAUCUGAAAAACAGCCUUUAUUCGAAAUAACUUUAAACAAACCUCGACACUGGAUACCAGUUGAAAAUCCUGUUGAGCGAACUUUGAAUUUACAAGAUUAUGAAAGAUCAUUUGAAAAUUCAGAUGAAGAUUUUGUACUUUUGGGGUAA